AUGACAGAAGAAGAAAAAACAACUCAAAGACAAUUAUGGCAAGAGGAAUUAGCUAAAAUCGAAGAAGAAAUUCAAACGUUGAAACAAGUGCUUCAAUCAAAACAGAGAGAAUCUCAGGAAUUGAAAAAAAAAUUAGGUAUAACUGUUUGGAAAGAAUUAACAGAUGAUUUUAGUCAAGGAGUGAGAAACGUCAGGGAAUCCAACGUAUAUCAAAAGACUGAGUCCGCCGUGAAAGCUACUGCAGAGAGCACACGCUCUCUUAUUGGGGGCCUUACAGAAGGUUUCACUCAAAAAAUUGGACAAUUAAAAAAUUCAGAAAGUUUCAGGUCACUCGAAGAAAAAAUGGGUUCAGCCUAUGAAAAUGUGAAGACAAAAAUGUCAUCAUCCAGAUCGAAUUCAAUUCAAAGUUUUAAUGAAGCACUUUGUCAAGAAACUGGUGUCAAAAAUAUCACACCAACAACUCCUACCAUUCCAGAAGGUGAAUCAUUGUCUUAG